AUGGCUUGCUGUCCACCAUCCUGUGCCAUCCCAUCCUGCGCAUCCUGCCCAGUCAUUGGACUUGGGCCACCUGGCUGUGGAUCUUCGGGCUACAGAGGUUUCGGCCAGGGCUAUGGCUAUGGCUCCAGUGGGUUGGCAGAAUACUCUAGUAACCUGGGGACGCUGGCUGGCAUCCGCCCUUCCUGCAUCAACCAGAUCCCAUCCUCUGAGGUCGUGAUCCAGCCCCCUGCCACCGUGAUCACCGUCCCCGGUCCCAUCAUGUCCGCCAGCUGUGACCCCAUCUGCGUCGGAGGCUACACACCAUGUGCCACUGAGGGUUAUGGACGGUAUGGUGGCUACCGUGGAGGCCGGCAGGGACGCCUUGGUCGCAGAGGCAGCAUCUGCUCCCUCCCCUGUUACUCUCCCUGCUAA